GGUUGGAUUGAGAUUGUUGGCUGUGCUGAUCGUUCCUGCUAUGACCUCUCCUGCCAUGCCCGUGCCACCAAAGUUCCUCUUAUAGCUGAGAAGCCUCUCAAAGAACCUAGGACAGUCAACAUUGUUCAGUUUGAGGCAAAUAAGGGAGCCAUUGGCAAAGCUUAUAAGAAGGAUGCAAAGGUGGUGAUGGAAUACCUUUCCAUGUGUGAUGAGUGCUACAUCACUGAGAUGGAGCAGCUGCUCAACGAGAAAGGGGAAUUCACUGUUGAAACUGAAGGGAAAACUUUUAAAUUAACAGAGGACAUGGUUACUGUGAAGAGAUUUCAGAAAACAUUACAUGUGGAAGAAAUCAUCCCAAAUGUAAUUGAACCCUCAUUUGGUAUUGGGAGGAUCAUGUACACAGUGUUUGAACACACAUUCCACAUCCGGGAAGGAGACGAGCAGAGAACGUUCUUCAGCUUCCCAGCUGUUGUAGCACCGUUCAAGUGCUCUGUUCUUCCUCUAAGCCAGAAUCAGGAAUUCAUGCCUUUUGUCAAGGAAUUAUCUGAAGCACUCACCAGGAACGGCAUCUCUCACAAGGUGGAUGAUUCCUCUGGAUCCAUUGGCCGGCGCUAUGCCAGGACUGACGAGAUUGGUGUGGCCUUCGGGAUCACGAUCGACUUUGACACCGUUAACCGGACGCCUCACACUGCCACCCUAAGAGACCGCGACUCGAUGCGCCAGAUCCGAGCUGAGAUCUCUGAACUUCCUGCCAUCAUUCGUGACCUGGCGAACGGUUAUCUAACUUGGGCUGAUGUUGAGGCAAAGUAUCCACAAUUUGAGGGACAAGAGACUGGCAAAAAGGACACAAUAGAGGAAUAAAGAAAAGGACCUGAAGUAAAAUCCCGUCAAAUGUCCACUUUUUACUGUUCAUGUUAAUAUGAAAUAAACUUAUCAUGUAUUAUUCAAAGCUGCAUUGUUUGUGCAUACAGGGACUAUUUGGUUUUUUUCCUCAAUUGCUGCCCGAAUUUAACUUUAAAAACUGAAAUAAUUGCAGUCCAAGUUAAAGGUGUUACAAAUAAAAACGCCAUUAUAUAUGCCUGCUUCU